AUGAGACAUCUGGGCCCUGGGUAAGUAUGUUUUCACGAUUAAAAACGUACACGCGUUUAGACCCCUCUAGACUUAACGAAUGCCGUCUUUCCUGCCUUAGACAUAUACGGUAAAUGCAAGCCUGUAAUGACCUCGUUUCAAGAGUGAAAGCCAACAGUUCCGAACGAGACUUGUACUUACCCAAAGAUGCAAAAGUAUCAGAGCCGUAGCUAUCGGAAGGGGGGGGGGGAAGAGAGGAGGCUGCCCCCCCGAACCCUUAGGAUGGAUUUGUUUUCUUUAGACUCAGUUACUUUAAUUAUAGUGACUUGCAAUUGUUUGCCAUUUUCAUAUUCGAUGUCGACUUUUCGGAGACUUAUCCAUGACAAGUGCAAAAAAUAGCGUUUCGGAGCACCCCCAGACCACCCUACAAGGCUCGUGCCUUCGGCACCAGCGAUAAUGCUCCCCCGUAACAAAAAUCCUAGCUACGGCCCUGACUAUGUAUGCUAGAAUUUCAUAAAUAACAACAUCGUUUAUUCAGACGUUUUCAAUUGUAAUCCUGAACUUGUUAUAAAUUUUCACGGAAAAGUAUAAAAAACAUGCAGUGCAUGGUUUAGCCUCAUGUCAUUUAUGACGUCAUAUUUUGUAACCAAGACAACUGCUUAUCACUUGACUUUCCAUAAGUAAAUCUAUUAAAAAAAGGCCACCGUACAGGAAGUCCAAAGGUGACUUUUCGAGUGCACACCGUUUAUCAGAGGAAAAGAAGCAAUCGUGGAUGAGUAUGUUGCUAACCCACAACCGAGUACUCAAAACUUCGGUUAUUAAAUAUUUUUACGGCAGUAGAUUUUCUUAAUCACCUCAAGUCUAUACAACUAAAUUGUAGUGUUUCACUCCUGCACUGACACCACCCUGAUAUUCUUUGCUUUCAAUAAGCGUGCUUUUGUCACGGUUAACGGGCCUCUUAGUUUGUCAGUUGGGUGUUGUUUACUCUCUCCUCCACAGAGGCUCAAAGGGGCCUGGCGAGAGUGAGUGCAGGCGCAAAAAUUUGGGUUUCGCGCCUGCGCUAUUUUUGCGCGGCGGAAAUGCAACAACACGUCAUUGAACCUCGGUGGAGUAGUGAGGGUUGUCCUUGCAAGAAAUAUUUUUUUGCUUUAAAACAGAGCUUCUGCCCAAGAAAGCACCGACAUGGACAGAAGAGAAAUUCCAAACGCGUCCGCCAUUUUGGACCAGCGCCUUAAAGAUAUUGAGUACGAUAAAAACGAAAGGCCUGAGGCUGGAGGUAGUUUUCUUACUGAUGUAAUUUUUCGAAGAAACACAUCAGGGGUGGAUACAUGCCGAGGGGUUCUGUGGAUGCUCCCCUUGACUUCUCACGGGAUACACUCCACCCUUCGUAUCCCACUGAUGUAAACAUACCCCACCGACUCCUGUCAACAUCCCACACUUGCCCCUAAACUGUUAGCAACAAGUUUACAGAAUAGAGGGAACAUAUUUUCAUACUGGCAGCAGACGUUCGAAAGGGAGGGGAAAAAAACAGGCCCGCUAGAACGCGAAGAGGGCGCAAGGGAGGAGGGAAGGCAGCGUUCGUGUUUUGCGUCCUCAUACAGUGCCCGAUCCAGACCUUGAGAUAAGGGAGGAGUGGGGGAACGCGGUCAGCGAAAAAUUUUGUUUUCGGCCCUUGGGCCUCAGUUUGGUCUUAAAAUAAGAGGGGGACGCCCCCACUCCCCGGGCCUCUGCCCUGGAUCCGCCACUGUCACGCGACCGACUUCCUUUUCCAUCUUUCUUUCAAACGCCUGCCACGCCACACUUACCCAAUAUAGGAACACAAAGCACAAAAUGUACGGGUAGUACAUAGAACUUCUUACUACAGAAAACAUCACGGAUGUCGCGAUACCCAGAGCACUAGACUUGAAAGUCCUUGGUUCAAACCCUGAUCACCAAGAGCUGGAGUAUUAUUCCACUGUUGAGCCAAAAGUUUAAAUCUGCGAUGCCAUGUGUAAGUAAUAGUCAUCUGCUGCGGUAAGGCGUACAACGUGGGAUUUGUCCCUGUAGUUUGAACCGUCUGCCUCUGAAAAUCUCCGAUGUUCCUCUUCUUUCUCAGGUACAAAACGAUACCGUUAUAAAAGAGAACUUUUAAACCACCUGUCUCGAGAAAUUUGAGUAAGUCGCGGCGGCAAAGAAGAACUUUCAUAGUCGCAGUUAGAGAGAAUUCCAUCACAAGAAAACCUCAUCAUUUUCUUGUUAAUUAGUUACCACUGCACAAGACCUAUCUCACUGGGUGACUAUAGUGAAACCGGGUUACCUGUUGCUCUCGUGCGCUUUUUCAUUUUACCCAUGCGUUUUUGACUCUUCCAGGCAAACCUGUUAAAGUAUACCUUAGCAUGGCUAUUCAGUCAUUUACAAAUAUAAAGGAAUCAAAUAUGGUGAGUCUACUUUGCGCCUUGAUUAUUACUUGUUGCAUAAAAUUUCGAGCAUGACCAGCAGUACUGACUUUAAGUUUUACUCCAUUUUUAUCUGUGGAAUCUCAUUAAUAUGAGGUGAUUUAAUUAACGUAGAUGACAUCAUAAGAGUCAUGACUAAAACGCUUGUCAACUGGUACGUUAAAUCACUGCAUCUUUGAACAAUUAUGCCUGGCUGCGUUUUAUUCGAGGACAUCGACGUUAAUUAACGGCCACCUCAAACAAAAGACAUUCACCUUAUAAAAAGGAACCGUUGUACUAUAAUCCUCUCCACAAAUAUCUCCUUGCCCUCUCGUGUAUCUCGUGUUAACGUAUCACUGUGAUAGAAUGUUGAAUGUUUGGUUUUUGCUGUAAUUCGUCUAUCACGUCAAGAACCUACUGAGCCUUUCAAAGCUUUUCAAGACAAAAUCAAUUGGCGAAGAUCUCUUGACCAAUGGUUUGUCGAUUUUGUUGCAGGAAUUUACAACGUCAAUGUAUUUGCGUCAAGAAUGGAAGGAUUGGAGACUAGCACAUCGCUUAGACGGCAGCCUACCAGUAAAAGGCAAAGAUACAGAGGAUAUAUGGCGACCGGAUACUUACUUUACAAAUAAUAAUGACUACAAGUUGUACCAGAAUAACCAACUGGCUCUUAUAUCUAAAUAUGGAGACGUUUACUACAGUGCAAGGUAACGCACAGAUUGCGUAUAAAACAACUUCACGCUUAUCAACUGUUUGAAACCAGGCUUUUUUUUCAGUAAGCUAUAACUCCGACUGAUCAAUGAGCUAUUUUUUUUUUGGAAAAGGCAAUUACUAGCACGUCAGUCAUCGGAGCCCUUAUAUACAAACAUGAUACAAUCCCAGAAAAAGCCGCUUUUUCGCUUCAGGCUUAGACCGUUUGUGGGUUAGGUGACUUAAACUAGCUAACUCAAUCUGUUUAAAUACAGUAACUUUGAACAACACAAAGCCAAUUGGGCAAAAAAGUUUUUGAUUCAAUUCGAACCUAAUUAGGUCCACAAAUCAGCCAAUGUCAUUUGCGUUCUAGCCACAAUUUCUGAACACUUUAAGACACGAUUAAAGACACAAUUUUUGUACAGUUAAACAUUGACUUUUUUUACAGAAAAAAAGCAAUGAAAGAAGUGACUUAUACGUAGGCAGAAAUAAAUCUUGCUUAUCACUGACCUUUACGCAAAAAUGUCUAUUUCGAUGCGGAAUAAUUAAGAAAUCCUUUUGCUCUUUAUAUAGGCUAUUUGUUGUUGCAUCAUGUCGCAUGUACCUACACAAGUUUCCAAUGGACGUUCAGAAAUGCAGUAUAAUACUGGAAAGUUGUAAGUAUCAAUAGACAAUUUAGUUUUCUUACUUCCAAGCUCUGGACUCCGGAUUCCAAGAACUGGAUUCCGGAUUCCAAUCGUUGAGGGGAUUCUGGAUUCCUUGAGCUGAAUUCCAGAUUCCAAAACCCAGGAUUCCGGAAUCCACAAGUGAAAAUUUCCUGGAUUCCGGAUAACCUUACAGGCGGCGAAUAUGCUACAAAAACUUUAGCCUUCUGUAUGUUGAACUUGGGAUAAAUUGCACUCGGUGGAACACUGUUCGCGCACUCUUCAUUUCGUCCAGUGUCUCUUUUCUUCUCUUGCUUGGGGGACGGGAAAAAGAGAGUCCUUGGAUGUGAGGUCUUUCCUGGCGUUUUUCACCCUCGUCUCCAAACUCCUCAGCGUUUUUCUCCAAGUUAUUUAUUUCCUUGGCCAUGCGAACAAUAGAAACCGCGAGAGAAUGUGCGAGAAUGUGCGCUGUGAACACUCCAUUUACUCGACUCGUUUUACCCCAACAACGAAAUCUUUCUCGAGUGAACAGAGUUUAAGAGUUUUUGUUUAUCUUCUUAAGUCGCCUAUACAUUAGAUAUGGUGGAAUACCGCUGGAAGAAUCACGAGCCCGUUAAAAUCCUCGAUAUGGAACUUGCAGAGUUUGAUUUGACCAACACGGAGUACAGAAGUGAAGAAAUCGAAUAUGUAGCGGGUAAGCUAUUGUUAUUGCUGCAAUGUAAACUUUGAUCUUGUCCUCCUUGGUCCUUUGGUCUCCUUUGGUAUAUUAUAGCAAGAUUCUAAUUGUUGGACCCUAAAUGGAUUUUAAUCUUUGGUAGUCAAUCUUGAGGGUGAAUCCAGAACAAUCAGAAAGAGGGGACCGACGUUUGGACAUAAAAGAACUCUUGGGAACAUCGGUGCCCAGAAAUUAAGGCUCUUGAAAACAGACUUCAAGGCAGUUUUAACGAAAUUUUAGUCAAAAAAGGGGAGCGUGCACACCUCGCCCCUCUGGGUAAAUUUGAAGUCACUGACGGUAGAGUACACAGGGGACUAGAAAAAGACCUGAACACUCGGUCUGGAGUAAGGGCAAGACUAUUAAAACUAUGUCGCUUGCCAAUUUUCAGAAAGACCCAAUUAAACGAUAUUAUUGUUACAGAUAUUAUGCAUAGAAGGUUGGAAAAAAAUUCUGUUUCGGGUGUAGAGAGUUGAUCAGUAGUGUUUCACUGGAGUUGGACGCAGAAAGGAGAGAAAGAUUAAGCAAAUGCAACUUUUGUUUUUAACUCACUUAGGUAAAUACCGAGACAUGAUAGUCACAUUCACAUUCAGCAGGAGAAUCGGUUAUUAUCUGAUCAAUUUCUAUGUACCUUGCAUAAUCAUGGUCAUAAUGAGCUGGAUCGUGUUCUGGAUGGAUCGUAACAACAUCGGAGACCGAAUCGCCCUCGGAAUCACGACCGUGCUCACGAUUGUCUUCUUACUCGGGUCGAGUAACAGUACAAUGCCACGAGUAAGCUACCCGAAGGCCAUCGACUGGUAUCUCAUGACUUCGUUCAUCUUCGUGUUCACGACGCUGACAAUGUGCCUGCUGAUCUUCCGAUUUGACCGACAAGUGAGCAAGCGCCAAAAGCCUCCAAGAUCGGUCAGCUGUGAUACUCAUACAGAUGGAAUGCAGGUAAGUUCACCAUAUCUCGAAGGUCCCCAAAAGUGUUCUUCGAUCCCGUAAUCCCGACCUAAAAGUUCGUGCAAUCCCGUAAUCCUGAGGGUUAUUUCCGGCAUUCUAACUCGCGCGUAUACUUUCAAUCCCGAAUAUUGCCCGAUUUUGCUUCAAAAUCCCGAAUCUUGAGCUUCAAAUAAGGGAAAUCCCGUAUCCCGAAAAACCUAUUGUUGACCCUCUAUCUCGUGUCUCGCCCAAAAGAGUUCAGGCUCCGGUUGUUCAAAACUUGGAUAGUGCUAUCCACCGGUUAAAUUAUCAAGUGGACAAGUAUUAGGGAAACCAAUUGCGUUAUCCACUGAAUAGUGAUUUUUCCACCUUUAGAACAAUUAAGGCCUGCAGGUUUGAGGUUAAUUGAUCUUGAGAAAACGCCAUAACACACAACAAACACACUUUCCUUUGGUUCAUUCAUGGAGGGACAACAUCAUCAUGUACCAAUCUGGAUAGUGAUUUUUCCACAUUUAGAACAACUAAGGCCUGCAGGUUUGAGGUUAACUAAUCUUGGGAAAACGCUAUAACACACAACAAACGUACUUUGCUUUGGCUCAUUCAUGAAGUGACGUCAUCAGGUACCAAUCUCCCAGCGCGCGGUUAGGUUUGCCACAAGUGACUGAAAAAUAGGCGGGAAAAUAAGGGAAACGAUCGAGUGCACAAACACUUUUUUAGUGAUUUUUUUUUGAAAGGCGACCAAAUCAAUUAUCUGCCCAUGCUACUGUAAGUGUUUUAGCAAUAUGCUUGUUUCAUUUUGUGUUGUAGAAUUACAGUUGACUCCCGAUAACUCGAACCCUCGCUAACUCGAACUUUACACAAACUCGAUUUCCCAUGGAUCUCCGUCAUACAUUUUACUGUAAUUUUACCCUCGGUUACUCGAAACAUGUUUGAGCCCUCAAAAAGUCGGGAAACAACAGUGUACUGGCGCACGAAACAUUGAAUUUUGAAUUUCCCAUUGACGUGCUGUAGGCAUAUCGUUUAAUAGUAGAGGCUGAUGUUGUUUGUCACAAAUAUAACGUGAAACAGCUUUACUUCUCAAAAAGUAAAACGCAUGCUCCAUUUAGACAAUAGGCUGAUUUAGCAACAGAACGGGAACGUCAUUUCAUGACGGGAAAGCGCGCGAAAAGGACUAAACUCGCUUUCCGGUUCUCAAUUUCGCGCUCUGCUAUUGGUCCAGCCAGUUGUUUAAUUUGCGCGCGCCGUUGUCAACUGACGUUCCCGUUCUGAUGCUAAAUCAGCCUAAUGUUUUGUUACGUUACGUUACGUUCUGAUUUAUAAUCUAGAAGUGUCUUUCAAUUUUCACUUAACAUUUCUACAAUUAAAUGUGAUUAAAAUUUUCACUGUCUAGUAAAAACUGUGUUUUCCUUAUUCCCGGCUAUCUUCUUCGAGCUCCCGGUAACUAGAGCUUUUCUUCGGUUUCCCUUGAAGGUUCGAGUUGUCGGAAGUAAGUCGAGAGUAUAUUACAGGCUGCCAUUGUCCCGCUUAAAACAGCCAUCACACUGCGCAUGAGCAAAAUGCAGUUAUCUGAAGGUUAUCUCACUUUUUUGUUCACGUCAGAUGAUUGAGGAACCGGAAACUCGCAGCCGUGCAUCUUACUAUGUUGCUGAUUCUCAUGGGGCCGUGUAUCCCAUCGUCCGUAGCGUGUCGGGUCUCAAGUCAAAAAAUAUCUUGAAGCCAAGUUUUCUCAAGAGGAUUUGCGGCCUACCGAGUCACAUUACCAAAGAUACCCUGGGGAUAGCGUUAAACAACUUCUGUAGAGUGUUAUUUCCUUCAGCGUUUUUGCUGUUUAAUCUGAUAUACUGGUUAGUUAUAGCUACAUAG